CCUCUUUAUCACCAUAAGUGCCACUCUGACCCCCUAUCGCUCAGAGCUCAAAAAUCAAGGCAAAAUGGAUGCCACAGUGAUAGAUGAUUUCCAACAAAUUCUGCCUAUUGAACAGCUGCGCUCUACUCAUGCUAGCAAUGAUUAUGUGGAACGGCCUCCAGCUCCCUGUAAACAGGCCCUCUCCAGCCCUUCCCUUAUUGUGCAGACCCACAAAUCUGAUUGGUCCUUGGCUACCAUGCCUACUGGUCUCCCCCGCAGUCUCAGCCAGUGCCAUCAAUUGCAGCCCUUGCCUCAGCAUCUGAGCCAAUCUAGCAUUGCCAGCUCAAUGUCCCAUAGCACCACUGCCUCUGAUCAAAGGCUUUUGGCCAGCAUUACACCCUCACCUUCAGGCCAAUCCAUUAUCCGAACCCAGCCUGGAGCAGGGGCCCACCCAAAGGCUGAUGGUGCUCUGAAGGGAGAAGCUGAGCAAUCUGCUGGUCACCCCAGUGAGCACCUCUUCAUCUGUGAGGAGUGUGGGCGCUGCAAGUGUGUCCCUUGCACAGCAGCUCGCCCCCUCCCCUCCUGCUGGCUGUGCAACCAGCGUUGCCUUUGCUCUGCUGAGAGCCUCCUUGAUUAUGGCACUUGCCUCUGCUGUGUCAAGGGCCUCUUCUACCACUGCUCCACUGAUGAUGAAGAUAACUGCGCUGAUGAGCCCUGCUCCUGUGGGCCUAGCUCUUGUUUCGUCCGCUGGGCAGCAAUGAGCCUCAUCUCCCUCUUCCUACCCUGCCUGUGCUGCUACCUGCCUACCCGUGGAUGCCUCCAUCUGUGCCAGCAGGGCUAUGACAGCCUCCGGCGACCAGGCUGCCGCUGUAAGAGGCACACCAACACUGUGUGCAGAAAAAUCUCUUCUGGUAGUGCACCCUUCCCCAAGGCUCAGGAAAAAUCUGUAUGACCAUUCCACAAGAUGGAUCCAGAGCUUUCUCCUUCUUAUCCCAUCAGUAAAGCAUAGGCCUCAUGUUUGGAGACAGGGAGGAGUAGUAAAGUAGCCAAAGUUAGGGCCUUACCUCUUUUGUUCUUGAAGCAUCAGGGGAAUGGCGAAGUACAUCCUGGUGCAGGAUG